GUCUGGCUCCAGUCCCAGUAGGACAAACCGGUCCUCCUGCUCCCGCUAAAGCCGCCAUGGCUCUCAGCCAACCGGGGAGAAUCAGGAAGUGACGCCGCUCGUAGCGCACGGAAGACCCGGGACUGGCGCGCCAAAUUUCAAAGCACUUCCUCCCGGUCGAAGGCGACAGCCCGCACUGAAACCCGCACGGAAACCUCCAGGGACCGACGGAGACGCGAAAAUAAUCCGUAAAAGUUGAAUUUAGCGGCGGUGUGAGUGUUGAGGCGGCUGCCUGAGGCGCGGAUGCGGGGAUUGGAGCUGCAGGUCGCGGAUGAAGACGCUGCGCCGCUCUGUCAUUGUUGUAAGUGGAGCCUCUGACUUUCAUCCUAACAAGGAACUAACGACAGCGAGCUGGAGCCUCCCUGCUGCUAAACUCACUCCAAUCAGCCCAAUCCGGGUGAAAACUGUUUGAUACCACAGGAUUGAGAUUGAUCAUCAGUUUUGCCCUCUCAGGCUUGAACCUCCAGUGAUUUUCUCUCUUUUAAAGUAGAUUUCAAAGUAAAAGUCCCAGCUGCAGGUUUUGGCGUUUAAUCCGUCCAUCUUGGCGUUGCAUUAGUGACGCUGUGACUCGCCUGCCGUCCACGUUCACGUGCCUCUUGGUGUUUGAACUGGCAGCUUUGCAGUCCCCUCUCCGCAGGGGAUUUGGUCUGUGUGAGCCGGGGCUCAUAAAGCAGAGCAGGAGCUCAUUUCCACCAUCUUCCACUCGCUGCAGAUCCUCAUUACUCAUUCAUUUAUGCGCAGCGUGGCGGCCGCUCUGCAUGCUAAUGGAAGCACCUGUUGCUGAGCGCCGCUGCACCUGACUGUGACCUUCACGUUUCUAUCCGCCGGCUCGGCGUUCUGCUCCGACUCUCAGCUUGGCUGCUCUCCACUUGCUCACAGGUGUGUCUGGAAAUGGAUCUGGGCCGGCUGUAGCUCAGGGCCGGUCACAAAUCGGGGGGCGGCCUCAGCCAUGCUGAACGGGGCGCAGCCGUGCUUCCAGCUGCUGCGGAUCGGCCUGUCCACAGGCGACUCUGCGCGGGACCUGUACACGUUCCGGCCGGGGCUGAGCCGCUCCGUGUUCCGCCUGGGCCGCGCCGCCGAGCUGUGCGACGUGACGCUGGACUCGGCUUCGGUGUCGCGCAUCCACGCAGAGCUGCACGUCGAGAAGGAGGCGAGCGAAGGCGACGAGGAGGCGCCGGCGCCGCAGGAGGAGGGCUGGAGGGUUCACAUCAAAGACAGGAGCAGCCACGGAACCUGGGUGAACGAGGUUCUGCUGCAGCCGGGCGUCCUGUGGGAGCUGUCAGACGGAGACACGCUCACCUUCGGCGAUCAGUCAGCUCCAGGAAGUCCAGAGUUCUACUUCCUCUUCCAGAAGGUCAAAGUUCGUCCCCUGGACUUUGAUGCCAUCACGAUUCCAAAGGCAGGAACGUUUUCCUCUGACUUACAGAACCGCAUCAGGACCAACUUGGACCGCAAAUCAGCCGACAACCUGGACCUCUCCAAGAUGUCCAUCAACCGGGCCACGGUCAUCCUGAACUCCAUCGGCAGCCUGAGUAAGAUGAAGGGCCGGGCCUGGACCUUUCAGAGGAGCCACAGCCACGAGGGGGCCGUGUCUGACCCAGGGACGCCGUCCUCCUCCUCACCGGUGGGCUUCUCCUCGCUGCUUCCCUCCACCACGCGCCCGGCGUUUUCCUCCAGCGCCGCCGUUCCUCUGAAGCCCCUGCAGACGGCGUCCAGGAGCAGGAGGAAGUCUGCUCACACCGUGCUGCUGGAGGACGACAGCUCCGACGAGCCGCGAGGGCGAGGAGCUGUGACAGGAGUGGUGGAGGACGGACAGAGAUCGAGACCAAAGAAGAGACGGAGACUCUACAAAUCUGAAUCUGAAGGUUUCAGUUCUCCUCCGCCUCCGCAGCCCAAACUCCACGGCGACAUCCGCCGUCCGCUGGAGACCAAGCCCUUCCCGGUGGGCGUCCGGACCAUCGGCAGCUUCCACGGCGCCAUGACCAACAGCCGGCUGAACCAGCAGCUGCUGCAGGCGUCCUUCACCAGCGUGGUUCCCCACAGACAGGAAGUGGACACCGCGCACCGCGUCAAAGUGAACGGAACCAUCGCCGCUUUCCGCCAACAGAAACCGGUGGCGCAGCGAGGCAGGCGGAGGGCCAACAGCUCGCCGGUGUUCUCCCCCCUGGUGGUGGGAGGAGAGAACUACAGCCUGGCUUCGCCCACAGUGAGGAUUCGCACCGACGACCGAGGAAGGAUGCAGUUCAACCGAUUCCACCAUCAGACAGCUAAACGUCGCGGCCGGCCCAGAAAACACCCGCUCCCCCCUCGGCCCUCGCUGCCCUCUCCCUCCUCCUCCUCCUCCUCCUCCACGUCUUCUGCCUCCUCCUCCUCCGGCUCGUCCUCGUCCUCCUCCGACGAGGAUGACGAUGAAGAUGAGGACGGCGGUGUGGCGGCGGGGCCGGUGGAGCCGUGCGCGGCGCUGCGCUGCCGGCUGCCGCAGCAGGACACGGUGCAGUGGAUCCAGUGCGACGUGUGCGACGCCUGGUACCACAUCGACUGUCUGCAUGUGGACCGGAAGAAGCUGCUGAUGGAUCCCAACGCCGACUUCCACUGCGGCUGCCGCUGAGGCGACCCGGAGGCCCACGGAGCAUUUGCACCCCUAAAUGUUUAAUUCUUUUAGUGCUAAAAACAUGAAAUGAAAACUAGAGCAGCAGCUUUCAGAGCCGCUCUGGAGCUUCAGAGGAAAACUAAUGAAAUGUCUCUGCCUGGAGAGCCGGGAUCAGGACGGGAACGCUCCAUGAAACGUUUAAGCCCCGUCCCGCUGCGUUCAGGAACAUUAAUGAAAUGUUUUUUAACAGAAUAAACUUUCCUCGGAUCGCCCCCGUUUGCUGACGCAGCCGCCACACAGAUGAUCAGACUUUCCUGGGUGGGAGCGGCGUGGGCGGCGGCGGAGCAAUUAAAACGUGUCAGCAGGCUGCUGCAGCUGCUGAGACGAGCUCUCAGGACGAUCAUCUGAUGUUUGAAAGCACUUCUGCAGGAGCAGCUGCAGGAUUUAAGGAGGAUUGUGUUUUUAUUAAAAUGCAUAGCUGCAGCUGGUCAGAGAAUAUCUCCUAACCACUGAGAUGAUGUGAAAUAUGAACUCCUGAUGGGGGGAAGCAGAUGCUCCGUUCUGGGCCUGAUGGGCUGCUUAGGUGUUUAUGCCACAGAUGAUUUUAUGAUCUUUUCAGCUCACAUUUUCAUAGAUUCCUCACACUACUGAAACUUUAAGCCAAAGUUGGUCGGUUUACUCUGAUUGUAUUCAACUUUUCACAAUCUUCCUUCUGAAUUUCUCUUCUGCUCAAAAAUCUAGCAGGUUUAAAAAAAAUGUAUAAAAAAAUUAAAAUGGGAGAAAAUGUUGGGAAAAAAAGAUCCUUUGUUCAUUUUGAAAGUAGGAAAACUAUAAAAAUAAAAUCUACAUUUUGUUUGAGUGGAGUUAAGUUGCUUCCUCUCCACUCAUGUUAGAUUUUCUGUUUUGUGUUUUAUU